UGCCACUAUGGUUUGACAUUGAACGAGCAGGGAUAAAUUGGUUGUAAUCUGGGUCUGAAUUGGUUUUAAUCAUGGUCGCAUAUACAGAAUCCAGCUCUCUUGGUUUUAACCGAAGGGUUUUGUAGAAAUGCUAACCGACACGUCUGCGACUCGGCACACACUGACACAGAUUUUAUUUUUUAUUUUUAUUUGAAUGUCCAAUUCUGUAAUAAAACCUUAUUGAAAACCGCAAAUCCGUCAAAGGAAGAAAGGGAUCUUUCUUCGUACGCGAAGCGCAUAGAGAGAUUCACUGCGUGUGUUUCUCUCAUCCUAGAUUUGUCCGUCUUCGAAGAUUUGAAAACAAAGUACGAAGCGACGAUCCAUGGCUUUCACGUCUUUUAUUGGAAGACUCCUUUUCGCUUCGGUAUUCAUACUCUCCGCCUACCAAGAGUUCAUUGAAAUUGGGGUUGAUGGUGGACUUGCAGGGAAGACUCUUAAACCAAAGUUUGAUAUCUUUGCCAAUCUUGUGCAUUCUAACACGGGCAUACAGCUGCCAGAAAUUGAAGCUAAACAUUUAGUUGCUGCAGCUAUGGCGUUCAAGGGCAUUGGGGCCACCCUUUUUAUAUUUGGCAACUUCUUUGGCGCAUUUCUUCUGCUUCUGCAUCAGUUGAUCUUCACGCCAGUAAUGUAUGAUUUCUACAACUACGAUAGCGAGUCAAAAGAAUUCAAUCAGCUGUUUGUCAAAUUUACACAGAAUAUGGCACUUUUUGGGGCACUGAUGUUUUUCAUAGGGAUGAAGAACUCAAUUCCUCGAAGACAACACAAGAGAAAGGCUCCCAAAACAAAAACUGGUUAGAAACCAUUUGGUGUCGGUACGAAACUUCACCAUACUUAGGAGUUACUGGAUCUCUUUCAUUGUAUUGUAUUGUGAAAAACACAUACAUUGAUCUACCAGGAUCUGGUUCGGAUGGACGAGGCAUCCAUGUUUUUGCUUGUUGAUACUAUUACCCCUGAAACUGAUAUAGUUUUCUUCCUGCUAUUAAGGUGGAUGUAUUUUGCCUAUCGAUUUCCCGAUUUUCUUAUCUUUAAAAUAUCUUUUAGCAAUAUCCUAGACGAUAUUUUGUGAAUUCCAGACAACACAAGUAUUUGAGGAAAAAGACAGGUUCUUUCUCCAUCAGCUUGUGGAAAACUGAGCAGUCAUGUCUCAAGAUGGUAAGCAGAAGACGACUGGUUGUUAGAGUCUUGGCCUUAUGCUGGAGUGAAUUUUAAAUCCCAAGUACUCUUCUGGUUU